CGAGAAGAAGAAUCGAGUAAGAAACGUCCCUCUCUUUCGGUUCUCUUCUUUUCGCGCCUUUCUUCUUGUUGGGGUUUUCAUGGGGAGAAGCAAGAAUCGGGAAUAAGAGGAAAGAAGUAAGAAUAAGAAUGCCACGCGGAUCAGCAACCCAUGACGGGGGUUGAGGAGGAAACGGCGGCGUGCGGCGGCGGAAAGUUGUCUUCGUCUGGAGAAGAAGAUGGUGAUUCUGAAGGCAUCUGACGGCGUGGUCUACGAGGUGGAGGAGACAGUGGCUAAGAUGUUGCAGAUGCUGUCACCGUUGAUCGAUGACGCCGACCUUGAGAACGCCAUUCCCCUUCACAAUGUCACCGGAAAGAUCCUCGGCAAGGUGCUCGAUUACUGCAAGAAGCACACGGAAGAAGAAGCUCCGGAGGACCUCCCUGAGGAGGACGACAUGAGUCACAUGACCAAGAAACACGCUAUGGAGAAGUGGGACGCGGAAUACGUGGAUGUGGAUCGCGAAACACUUUUUGAAAUCGUUCUGGCUGCUAACUACCUUGAGAUCAAAGGUCUCCUUGAGUUGACGUGCCAGAAAAUUGCGGAUUUGAUCAAAGACGUGUCGACGGAGGAAGUCAGAGAGGUGUUCAAUAUAGAGAAUGACUACAGUGAAGAAGAGGAGGCAGAAAUGAGAAAUGAAUACCCUUGGGCGUAUGAAGAGGAAGUCUCACAACAAUGAACGGUGUAUAGAGAGUUACCUGUUUGAUCCUCUCUGCGGGUAACCAUCAUGGGGCAUCUUCUCUUUGUCACAGAUAGGGAUUAACUGGAGUCAGGAAGACUUUACUAGUCUUCAUUUGAACGCUGAUCUCUUUUUUGAGAAAAACUUGUUUGUUUACGGAGACCCUUUUCUUUUAUUAGGGGUAGCUUUAUAACGAGAUGAGCUUCAAUGUAAACAAAUGCUAUCCCAAGGGAAUCCGCUUCGGAGAGAACUCUUGUUAUUCAUAAUAUUAUUAUGUUAAAGAAUUUAACUUGUCUC